AUGCCAGAAAUUCAGUCAGGCAUCCCUUCGUUGCCAGUAAUUGAGUUAGCCGUCCCUCCGUUACGUACAACGCUACAACAUAUUCUUCCGGAUGAUGACAUAAACAGUAGAGCAGCUGAAGUGGCCGAUUGGUUACAUGCUAAAAUUGAUAUACCUGGCCCUCCGUCAAGUGAUGAAGAGACGCACAAAAUACAAACAAUUCCCCCUGCACUGGUCGAGAAUACUAGUAGGGAAGAUUAUAGUAAGGAAGAUUAUGCCAAGUACUACUGGCCCCUUAUGGUUUCCAUCGGUCCGAUCCACUAUGAAAAACCUCAUGUUCAACCCAUGGAGUAUUUCAAGCGGAAAUCAUUGAGGGAAUUAUCAAAAAGUGUCAAAAACCAGGUAACCAUUGAACAAGUGUAUGCAAGUGUGGAACAAGAGUUACUCAGAGCUCGGAAUUGUUACUCUUGCAGUUUCCAACGCUGGGAAGAUCAUGAGUGGUGUCUGAUGAUGUUCCUCGACGGCUGCUUUAUUGUUAAAUUCAUCAUCGACCAGAGUCCAAACGCUAGAAAAUUUUAUAUGAAGGAGCAUGAUAGAGAUGUGGUUCGUCGUGACCUUUUAUUGUUUGAAAAUCAAUUGCCUUUUCAAGUUCUAACUAUGUUAGCACACGCAUUUAGAUGUGAAGAGUUAUUUUCUUGGGGUCUUUUAAACAAAUUCUUCAUCCAAAUGCCGUUCGUAAGGAUAUCCCCUUCUUAUUCAACUCCUACAAUUAUUGAAUAUAUAUUCCGGUGCGUGAAACACCGCCAAGCUCCUCGCUCUCGAUAUCAGCCGGAGGUUCCUACACAUCUUCUUCAAUAUUGUAGAAGCCUAUGGAUUGGUCAUUUAUUUAACGAUGACGAAGAAGGAGAAGGAGGAGCAGAAGAUCAUCUUGCUAUUUGUCCACCUUUCUCAGUCACAGAGUUGAAGAAAGUGGGCAUUCGCUGCAGUCCUGCAAUGGGUCUUCCUAUUGAUGUUCAUGUAAAUUUAACACCGGGGAUCCAUACAUUUAUCUAUACAUUUGUUGAUACCCUACCAGAUAUCCAUUUUAAAUCAUCUAUGUUAUCAGGGAAGCUGUUCUUUCCUCGACUAACUAUCGACGAAAAUACUAUGACCCUGUUUUCUAACCUAGUUGCUUACGAAUAUUCGUGCAGUUCACGAUAUAAAACCUCAGGGAUCUCAUCUUUCUUGAGUUUCAUGGGUAUGUUUAUUAAUGGAGAGGAAGAUGUUAAGGAGCUGCGAGCCAGGGGAAUACUCCAGAUCAACCUCAAAGUUGCCGAUGAACAAGCAGUGGUUAUUAACUUCUUCAGAUAUAUAACAGCACAUGUUGAGCCUAAUCCACAAGCGUUUAGGUAUGCCAAACAACAGGUUUCUACCUACUGCAAAAGUAAAAGGCUCGCUCUAAGAGUUGCCUAUGCUGAAUUUAAGCAAAGGUACUUUAGUGGUCCGUGGAGUUUCCUCGUGUUCCUUGCUGUUGUUUUCACGGUCAAUAUGACUGUCAUUCAGACCGUCCUCACAGGCAUUCAGACUUAUAAGAAAGACUGA